AUGGUCACUCAUCAACAUUACCUGACUCAUGUCAACUUCGACCUUCAUGUCACUCCAAGCUCUCGAGCUGCCAACCACACUUCACCACACUUCUUCAUCAGUCUUGCAGGCGGCUUCGGCUCAGGUCAAACUGGACUGUUGAAAAAGUGUCGGUUCAACAAACCCACAUUCGCUCUUCAACAAGCUCCCGAGCUUUCAACCACUUCUUCAGCAGCCAUGCAGGCGGCUUCGGCUCAGGUCAAACUUGGCUGUUGA